CCCCGGAAGUGCUGCUCUCUCAUGCCACGUCAGUCGUAGCGAAAGGGGGAUCGUCGGAGGGCUGCAUCGCCCAGGCUGAGACUCUCCGGGCGAGCCGACCCGCUGCAUACCCGCGCUGUCUCGCCAGCUUUCGCCAAGAAGCAUGCGGCUCCUCUGCUUUUACGCUGCGCUUAUCCACGUUACUGCAGUCUGGAGCACAGAGUUAACGUUUGAAUUACCGGAUAACGAAAGACAGUGCUUUUACGAAGAACUUGAGAGCGAAGUUAAGUUUAAUAUUGAUUUCCAAGUUAUCGCUGGAGGGAACUAUGAUGUCGAUUGCUUUGUGACAGAUCCUAGGAACAAUAUCCUGUAUCAGGAACGCAAGAAGCAGUAUGACAGCUUCUCUUACACCACAACAACGAAGGGUGUCUAUAAGGUGUGCUUCAGUAAUGAGUUCUCCACCUUUUCCCACAAAAUGAUCUAUUUGGAUUUCCGAGCUGGGGAAGAGACUCCGCUUCUUCCUGACAUGACCAAAACGGCAGCCCUCACACAGAUGGAAUCUGCCUGCAUGUCCAUCCAUGAGAUCCUGAAGGUGGUCGUGGAGUCGCAGACAAGGUACAGACUUAGGGAGGCCCAACACCGCAUCAGGGCAGAAGACCUCCAGGACCGAGUCUCCUACUGGUCCAUAGGGGAGACCCUCUUCCUGUUUGUCAUCAGCAUCGGCCAGGUCGUCAUGCUCAGAAGCUUCUUCACUGACAAGAAAACUGCUGUCCCCGCUAGAACUUAGACUGGGAUGUGGAGGCUGUGAGCUCUGCUGCCCUGAGAAGAGGCAGACAUCUCACCAAAACAAGCAUUUAUAUCUGAAAAGGAAGUCAUGUUGAAUACCUUAUACUGCAAAACAUUCCUCAGGAAAUGAGAGUGAAAUAUUACAUUCCUUAUGUGUUUUGAUUUUCCUGCCUAGUUUUGUAUUUCUCAUGUGGAAAAUAUCCAAAGCUCAAAGUUCGGGUAAAUGACGUAAGUACUGCCUUCAAACCCUCUACUGUUUGCUCCCUAAUGGUUACAACAGCGCCCCCUGUAUUUUAUCUGUGGUAAAAGCUGGGUAUUUGUACCCGGAAAAACGGUGUAAGACGGAGGCACGAUAUGUUUCUUAGACCUUGAUAAAAUAUUGUCACCUUUGAUUCUCAGCAGUGUAAAAUACCACGUGUUACUGUGCUGUUUUAAUGCAGCAAAUUAAAAGAAAUGGUCACUUGGUUGUUACUCUUACAAAAUGUGCAAUAUCAUGUAAUUCGCUGUUUUUGUUCUGGAUGCAAUAUAAGUAAAUAAAAUUAAAAUUAAAUUCA